AUGAUGCACGACAUCGAAAAUUGUGUCAUCGUCAAAGCUCCACCCUCAACCUCGAUCGAGCAAGUCCUCCUCGCGCUCGACGAACACUACCCCGCCCUUGCCGGCGCAAUGCCCUGCGUCAUCAAGAGUCAACGCGUCUUUCCCAAAGACGCCGACCUCGACACUCUGACUGUCAACGGUCUUACUGUCGGCAAGACUCUCUGCCAAGUUGAGAAGCUUUUUGCCUCUACUAAAGGGGGUGUAAUUCAAUGCACCCUUACGGGCUUCUUCUCGAACGCCGAGGGCCUCCGCCUCUUCAACGAGCAGAUCGCUGCCUUUGGCACGGUCCUCCUUCGUCAGAUCCAGUACAUUGGGAAGACGAAGCACAUCUCUGGGGUGUAUGACUUUGUCCUCGCUCUUAAGGAUGCAAACGCCUUGCCUCCCGCUUCUAUUUCCAUUGAAUGCGACGGAGUUACCGAGCGAAUCCCUCUGAGGAACACCGGCGGCAUGCGCCACUGCGUCUUCUGCCGCUCCACGGCUCAUGUCCGUAAGGACUGCCCUGUCGCCCCCGCGUGCAAGACCUGCGCAAGCACCUCGCACGCCUCUCAGCAUUGUCCUGGCCGCCACGCGUCGAGCCCCCAGGGUUCCCCUACGUCACGUGCCACGCAAGCCUCCGGCGUUAUCACCGCCGGCUCCGCCGCCGGAUCCAAUUUGGUUCCCGCGAUAUCGGUGCCGGACCGCACGACCAAAAAAACGCCGAGUGGAGCAGGAUCUGGCUACCCAGCCUGAACUUUCGUCGAACAGCGCUCGUCCCCUGCCUGAAUCUUCGUCGAACACUCGUCCUGAGUACUCAUUCAAUUUUCCUCCCCAUGCUGCCACCCAAGCUGCCCCCCAGCGCUCCUCCAACCAGGGCACUGCCUCUUCCCUCGUUGCAAAAUCCUCCGAGUCCCCCAGCUCAGAGACCAUCUCUCCGUCCCCAAACCUUCCUCCGGCCACGCCAAAGACGAUCAUGACUCGAUCCAAGUCGAUUGCCGCCCCCACCACCCCAGCCACCCCAGCCACCCCAGCCACCCCUCCCACUGCCCUCGAAGCCUCCGUGCCGACUCCCGAGCCCUCUUCGCCCACGCCGAUGCCCUCAGCCGCGCCCAAAGCCCGACCCGAUGACGCCGAUGCCGACGCCGAUGCCGACGACGAAGCCAAAGACCAAGAAGUAACCACUGAGGAUGUGGAAGACGCCAUGGAUCAAGAUGAUGAGCACAACUAAGAUCCCAAACGUGUCUUUUGUUGCUGCCAACAUGCAGUCCAUCAAUGAAGACCGUAAGCGUGCCUCUCUUUUCUCCAAUCUCCGAUCCCAUAACGCCGAUGUCUUUCUCCUGAGCGAAACUGGCCGACCUCCCCCUGAUAGGGUUGCCCAGUGGACUCAGGAGUGCCGAGACUUGAAGCUCUCCGCUCUUUUCACUCCUUUCAACAAUACUGCCAUACUCUGGAAGAGUGACUCGCCGGUCAUUACUAUUGAUCCCGAGUCGCCUCCCAACUUUCUUCGUGCUUCAUUCUCUUUCCCGGACCGAGUCUCCGACGCCACCUUUCGUGUGGGCGACUCAAAAGUCCGGGUUGUAUCAAUAUACGCGCCCUCCGACAAGCCAGACAAAAAACGCUUCCUCUCACACCUCAGGCCUCAGGCCUCAGGUCUCAGCAGCGCCCUCCGACAAGUUGUGCGCGACGACCCCUGGGCCCUCCCCGCCUGCGCUCCUUGUCGGGGGCGACUGGAAUUGUGUUGAGUCCCAACUCCUCGAUUCGGAGAACCACAAUGGUACGAAUUACGGGGGUCAGGAGAUGCGCGACCUUGCCACGGCAAACAAUUUCUUCGACGUCUAUCGGCUCCACCAUCCCAAAGGACGAGACACGACGAAUCGCUCAGCGCUCGGCACGUGCCGUCGCCUUGACCGCAUCUAUGUCUCGCCUGACUGGAUCGACCUCUUCCAUGACCACAAAAUCUGGGCCCCUGUCCUCAAAUCGACGCACUCAAUGGUUGUGGCACGGUUCCAAGUGCCGGGCGCAAUCGACAUCGGUCCGGGCAAAUUCAAGCUGGGUUUGCACGUGAUCGAGGGCGACGCGACCUGCGAAUACCUCACUGCCACCGUCCGCACUCUCUACAACGAGGCCCUCCUCCAGACGCCCAACGACCCACCAGCAGCCUGGACGUCCACCAAACACCGGUAUUGCCCGAGCUGCAAGCUCUGGCCUGGACAUUCGCUCGGUUCCGACGUGGAGGAUCGGAGGAAGAGAGGGCGGAUCACUCGCGCUACGGCGCGGCCCUGCGUCCCCGCCUCGACCCAUCUCUACCCAUCUCUGGCGGGUCCCUCUUCCAUCUUCAUCCGCCUGCGCAAAGUGCGAGCACCCGACCUGACCCCUUCGCUCACGGUCAACGAUGUUGUCCAUUCCGACCCCGACUCGAUGCUUGGAGCGGCCAGCGACUACUUCAAGGGGGUCUAUGAGGACUGCCCCAUCGAUGACGCGGCCCUGAAGGCGAUCAUCGACGGCCUCGCUUCGACUCGCCUCUCCCCUGCGGACUCGCACAAGCCCGAGGAAGUGUACCCAUUGGAGGAGAUGACAAAGGCUCAAGAGGCGUGUGAGUCGAACUCGUCGCCAGGGCGUGACGGCCUCCCGGUUGAGUUCUACCGCGCGACGUGGACGGCCACCGGCUCGAUCCUUUGAGACUUCAUCAACUCGAUCCCCACCGAGGGCCUUCGGCCUGGGCCGUCUGCCCGCCACACCGCCCACAUCCACCUCAUCCACAAACGCGGCGAGAGGGAUCAGCUGUCGAACAAACGUCCAACAUCGCUCAUCAAUGCGGACGAGCGCAUCAUCUCCCAAGCCCACAACCAGCGCCUCGCUCCCUUGCUCGAGUCCCUGAUCGGCCCAACCCAGCGUGGCUUUGUUCCGAACCGUUGGAUCGGCACGAACAUCGCUGAGGUCCAGUGUCUCAUGGAUCCCGGACUUCCGGGCUCAACGCCCGUGUCCGGCCUGCUAGCGGUGAUGGACUUCGAGAAGGCUUACGAUCGUCUUUCCCAUACGUACCUUGAUGCAGUCCUCUGCGCUGUUGGCCUCGGUCCCAAAGCCCUCCAAUGGUACCGAGCGACGUACACCAACCAAUCUGCCUCGAUCUUCCUCAACGGUUGGCUCUCGGCCGCUUUCGACGUCCUGUCGGGUGUUCGGCAAGGCGAUCCUUUGGCUCCGUCUCUCUUCGUUCUGGCGAUCGAGGGUUUUGCCUAUCAGAUUCGAUUGAGGGUCAAGGGCAUCGCGAGCCCAGGCCUCUAAACGAUUCGAGAACUCCUCUUUGCCGACGACGCUUGCUGCGCGCUCCAUAACCUCUCGGACCUCGACCAUCUCAAUCGGGCGAUCGAGCUGUACGAAUGGGCAAGUGCCAGCAAGCUCAGCAACGCCAAAUCGUUCCUCUACCCCCUUGGAUCGUUUAGGGAUCGGCCGAUCGCCCCAGGCCUCGGGACCUGGCGUCUCAGCGACUCGUAG